AUGGCCGCAGCCAGAGGACUAUGCCGCCAUGGCUUACAACCGCUAACACAGAGUACCGGCCAGAGACUCUCGACGGCACGGUAUGCGCCCUUGAAGAGCAUAUCAAGGCAGAGCAGGCUGCUGUCUAAUGUGCCCGGGGCAUCAUAUCAACUUUUCCGGUCCGUCCUACGGACUUCGAGAUAUCAGCAACUUGCUCACGGCUCAUCCAUACCGAGCCGGUCUUUCUCCUCGACCUCGAAGCUGCUACAUGGACAUAUUACGAAGCCAAAGCCAGGUGAAGAGAUCAAGGUUACUUUCAUUGAUAAAGACGGCGAACGACACGAUUUCGAAGUCGCAGAGGGAGAUAACCUGCUUGAUAUAGCACAGGCAAACGAUCUUGAAAUGGAAGAUAUGUACGAUAAGAUGCCGGAGCCUGAUGACGACGAGAAUGACAUGUUGGACCUAGCAUUUGGCUUGACUGAGACCUCUCGGUUGGGAUGCCAGGUGAAGAUGACUCCGGAACUUGACGGCCUUGUGGUUACGCUACCCAGCAUGACUAGAAAUUUGCAGGCUAGCGACUUUGCGGAGAAGAAAUGA